CUGCACAGGAAGAGGAUUCGAGCAAGGAAGACGACGCUUUGGAAUUUGUAUCGUAAAAUUUCAAGGUUUCCCCAGUAACGUUACAGCACAGAUGUAGCUGUGUUCUGGUCUCGACAACAGCAGAUUCUUUGGUGAAAUAAGAGAUCAGCAUCACAAUCAGCCUCAGCCAGUUCUGUCAUCCAUCCAUACAAGUGUUGAAUGCCUAAUACAUCGGAAAGUUCAGGAGCAAACCUGGCCGGCCCAGCAGACGCCUCAGGGCUGCGAAGGCCCACUGAUGGGCAGGAGGGACACAGUCUGAUCAGCUCCUUCACCCGAGAUGCUGCAAGAGCAAGGCGGGCUUCAAGUGCCGAGCUCCACCUGCCAUGGACCUGCCCAGUCACACACUCCCGAGAGACGUUCUACACCGUCUGCUCUGAUUAUGCUCUUCUCAACCAGGCUGCUUCUGUGUACUGUCCCCCAAACACAGCCAGGGAUGUGGUCCAGAACAAGCAAGAUGAAGGACAUCUGCUUGCGAAACCUAAACCCUCUGCAGACUUCACCACUGGUCAAGCUGGAGGUGCUCGCGUGGGAUCAGACGGCGACUCUGACAUGGAGGAAGUGUCCUCCAUCAACCCUAAGCCUAUUUUGGCCUGGGAGAUUGACAAAGCAGACUUCAAUGCUGUGCCCAGCAGAAAAAUAAGAACAAGCAACAUGAAGAAAUGCAGCACCAAGAAGAUGAAGUCAUCAGACCGACCCAGCCGAAAUCUGCAAGACGUCCCUCCUCGUACGUCACUGGAGGAGAUCAAACAGAGAAAAGUGCUUGACCUCAGGAGAUGGUACUGCAUCAGUCGGCCACAGUACAAGACUUCAUGUGGAAUCUCUUCUUUGGUGUCCUGCUGGAACUUCUUGUACAGCACUCUGGGUGCGGGGAGUCUUCCACCCAUCUCUCAGGAAGAGGCUCUGCAUAUUCUGGGGUUUCAGCCGCCUUUUGAGGAAAUCAAGUUUGGUCCUUUCACUGGCAAUGCUACUCUAAUGCGGUGGUUCAGACAAAUCAAUGACUAUUUCCGAGUGCGGGGUUGCUCCUACAUUCUAUACAAACCACAUGGAAAACACAAGACAGCUGGAGAAACAGCUGAAGGAGCACUGAUGAAACUGACACAAGGGCUGAAGGAUGAAGCUAUGGCCUACAUUUACCACUGUCAGAACCACUACUUCUGCCCAGUGGGAUUUGAAGCCACGCCACUCAAAGCAGCAAGGGCUUAUAGGGGCCCGCUACCCACAGGUGAGAUGGAGUACUGGAUCUUAAUUGGGGAGCCCAGCAGGAAACACCCAGCUAUCCACUGUAAAAAAUGGUUGGACAUCGUUACUGACCUCAACACACAAAAUCCGGCAUACCUGGAUAUCCGUCACACUGAGAGAGGGAUUCAGCAACGCAAAACCAAAAAGGUGGGGGGCAACCUGCACUGCAUCAUGGCCUUCCAGAGGGUGAACUGGCAUAAACUCGGACCCUGGGCUCUGAAUUUGGAGAACCUGCGCCACGACUUCCACCAGUCCGGCACAGAGCGAGCCCAGGGAAGUGUCACAGAGGAAACAGAGGAGAGAACAUCGAGCAAGCACCUGGCCCACCUGGGACGCUCACACAGUAUGGGAAGUCAGAAAGACACCUGCUGGAAACGCCUGUCCAACAUGACGGAGUACAGGCAGAGGAGCUCCCCUGACAGCGACCUCGAAGAGGACAUCACAGACUGAGAAGGUUCACACAGGAGGAGGACUACAUACAGGGCAGUAGCACUGAGUUACGUUUUCAAAGGGUAAGUCUGGUGUGACUCGUUUUAUUGUCAACAAAUGCAGUGAAAACACUAAACCCAACAAUGUGUUAGUCCGUCUCUCAACACCUAUCCAAACUCUGUAGUGCACUUAGCCCCCAGCUCAUUGGUCCCCUACCUAUAAUUUCAAUAUUUAAAAACAGGUCACAAAUGCAUGGUUUCAUUUUUAUCAAAGGCUAAAUACUGUCUUAUAACAGAAAGGCACUGCUUUUAGCAAAUGUUAAUCAACCAGAAGUAAAAAAGUGCAUUCACUGGGACACUUUUUUCAGUGGCAGAAUAAUAUACAAUUAGUGAGCAAUGCCAGCAAAAGAAUAAGAAUGACUGUUUCAGGUUUCAGCUAUACAGAAAAGAAUGACUUAUUAUUGAUAAGAACAAUACAGAAUGACACCAGACCUCUCCUCCAAUACUGGUGGAUUAAUGAGUUCACAGACUGUUAGAUUUGGAUUCAAUGCAACAGUUUUUUGGUUGUAUUGUAGUGUGUAGUGCUUUUAAUCAAUAUUGUGUUUAAGAUACGUAAGUGUCGACCAUGGUCAACCUCCUGUUCCUCUUUGUCCUCAGGACGUUUGAAACAUUUUUUGCCACCAUCACUAAGCAACGUCUAGACUGCAACUGAUGUACAGUACCAGCAACUCCUAUAAAUCACAAAUCUGCAGGCAGCUACACAUGAGCCAUAUUAAACGGACUAUUGUUUGGCAGCAUGGGUUUAUUAGCGAUCUGAGAGGCCGGCCCACAGAGGGCAUGCUUAGACUGCUUGAGUAUCAGUUUCAAACACUACAGUUUGUUAUGUGGAAAAGGGAAAGCCUUAAAAAUCAUGAUACUGUAAAUGCAAGCACAUGAAAACUUCAGUGACAAAGAGGAGCAGCAGUGUUGAUCUGAUCAAAACAAACAUCUACAGAGUCGAAUCAACAUUUCUUACAGUUUUAAAAACAGAGUUGCUACGUGGGCUUCAAAG